AUGGGUGAUGUUGAGAAAAGCAAGAAGUGUUUUGUACUGAAGUGUGCCCAGUGCCACACUGUGGAGAAGGGAGGCAAGCACAAGACUGGCCCAAAUCUCCAUGGUCUGUUUGGGCGGAAGACAGGUCAAGCUGCUGGAUUCACUUACACAGAUGCCAACAAGAACAAAGGCAUCACCUGGGGAGAGGAUACAUUGAUGGAGUACUUGGAGAAUCCCAAGAAGUACAUCCCUGGAACAAAAAUGAUCUUCACCGGCAUUAAGAAGAAGGGAGAAAGGGCAGACUUAAUAGCUUACCUCAAAAAAGCUACUAAUGAGUAAUAGUCACUGCCUUAUUUAUUAUAGAACAGAAAUGUC